AUGGCCUCCUCACCGGCGUUCCAGAUCAUCAUUGUCGGCGGCGGUAUCGCCGGAACUUCAGCCGCAAUCGCACUCCGAGCUCCCGGACGACAAAUCACCAUCCUCGAGCAGUCUCGACUUCAUGCUGAGAUUGGAGCCACGAUAUCCCUACAACCAAAUGCUUCUCGGAUACUGGAGGAGGGGUGGAAGCUGGGAGGACUGUUGACCACGACGGCGAGAGGAAUGGUCGAUCGAGGGUUUCGAAUUUUCAAUGUUGAUGGUGAGAAAGUUGGUGAGAUUCCGUUGAAGACGAAGUCGAAGUAUGGAGCGGAUAGGGUUAUGUUUCAUCGGCAGGAUUUGCAUGAGUGUUUGAAGCAGGCGGCGAUGGCGGAAGAGAGGGAUGGGCCGGCUGUGGAGAUUCGAGUGUCGAGUCGGGUUGUGUCUUGUGAUUGCGAAGCUGGGAUUGCCGUCUUGGAGAAUGGCGAGGAGCUCAAGGCCGACUUGAUCGUUGCCGCGGACGGUAUACACAGCGUGCUGCGACGUUGCAUCCUCGAUGAGGAUGUUGCCCCCAUCCCCACUGGCUUGUCCCUUUACCGCUUCAUGCUCCUAACCGAGCAAUUGGAGAAGGAAGCUCCAGACUUUUGCUCCAAGAUCCACUCGAGAGAACCCUACACUUCUAUGCUUUUCGCCCAUGACUGUCGUCUCAUCUCGGGUCCGGCACGAGAUGCUUCGGUCUACAGCAUUGUUGGCCUGGUUCCGGACGAACGCAUGAAUGAGGAUGCUGAUGGGAAACAAUCGUGGAGGUCGACGGGAGACCUUGACAAAGCGUUGCAGUCGUUCAAAGACUUCCCAGACUGGGUCAAACAACCCUUCCGACUGGCGAAGGAUCUCGGUCUCUGGCAGCUGAGAGAUCUCCCACCUCUCCGGACCUGGACGAAAGGCCGAGUCAUCUUGAUUGGCGAUGCGGCCCACGCCAUGCUUCCUACUCAAGGCCAAGGAGCAAGCCAGGCGGUGGAGGACGCCGAAGCGCUUGGAGCAUUUUUCGAAGGCGUGCGAGACAUUCCGUCGAUGGAGGAAGUGAACAGUUUGCUGCUGCAGGUGUUCAAGUGCCGGUAUGAGAGAGCGACUUUGAUACAGAAAUACAGUCGGGAUGCGGCCAGGCCUCCAACUGAGAAGGGUAGCAAUGAGGUCAAGAUGCGACCUGACGAGUUCAUGGAUUACAACUGCUUAUACAGAGGUGCGAAGGAAUGGCAAAGUCGGCGGGUCCAGGCCGCUUAG